AUGAUCGAGAGUGUAUCAAGACGUGCCUUUAGCAGUUCCAGUGGAACAUACAACGUGCGUGCUUCGGAGCUGGCGCGCGAACGCAAACUCAACAUCUUCAAUGUCACUGUGCAGUUUCUGGAUGACACCCAGCAGUCAUUUCAAAUCGAGAAAAAAGCUAAAGGCAGCGUUCUACUAGAACAAGUGUAUCAACAUUUAGAACUAGUAGAGAAAGAUUAUUUUGGGUUACAAUUUACGGAGAAUGGAUCGCCACCCAACGCCACAAACUCAGAAAUAACACGUUGGCUGGACAGCACGAAAUCGGUGAAGAAACAAGUUGGUGCGAACGCUCAAUUCUGGUUGGCUGUUCGUUUCUACCCGCCGGAACCUUCCCGAUUGGCUGAGGAGUAUACCAGAUACCUGUUGUGCCUUCAACUUAGGAAGUUGCUGCUUGAUGGCAGAAUGAAUGCUCCGAAGAACACCGCCUUAUUGCUAGCUUCGUUCACUGUACAAGCGGAGCUAGGCGACUAUAACGUAUCGGAGCAUCCCCCAAACUAUCUAUCCGAGCUCUGCCUCCUGCCGAAACAGAACGCGGAAGAUGAGCGUCGAAUCAGAGAACUUCAUAAGUUGCAUAAAGGACAAUCACCAGCGGACGCUGAAGCGAAUUUCUUGGAACAUGCUAAACGAUUAGACUGUUAUGGAGUUGAGUCGCAUCCUGCUAAGGAUUACAACGGCAAAGACAUAUUCAUCGGCGUCACAUCGAUAGGUAUAGUGGUGUUCCAGAACAAUAUACGAGUCAACACAUUCUCUUGGAGCAAAAUCGUCAAGAUUUCCUUCAAGAAGAAGCAGUUCUUCAUACAGCUGAAGAGAGAACCUUCGGAAUCAUACGACACAGUCCUCGGUUUCAAUAUGCGGUCUAGUCGAGCGGCUAAAGCGCUGUGGCGCUGCAGUGUAGAAAGACACGGUUUCUUCAGACUACGAGCACCGAGACGACGAGCGCUUUUAGCAGCGCUGGGAGCGCUGGCUGGGUUGGCUGCACCCACUGUACCUAGAACUGAGACGAUGGCGUUGGAAGACGCGAGACGAUCGAGAUCGACUAAUAGGAGUUUUGUUAGACGCAGUAGUUCCCGUCCCCGCGAGCGUUCAGUAGGCAUGUCUCCCGCGAGUGGUAUGCGAGGCUCCCGCGUCACUGCGCAUUGUGAACCCGCGCCUCGACCUGCCUGGGGAGACCUUGAUAGACCUAGCUCCGAUAUCAUCGAAGGAGAUUUCUUAGAACGAGUCCUCCGUAUCCCCCUAUCCUACGUGGACGAAUCAGAGUCCGGUUCAGAAGGGGCGGAGUCUGCGGAGUGUGGGGGAGUAAGAGUCCGCUUAGAGGCUGGAUCUGACGGACUGUUCGGGUUCAAUGUUAGAGGAGGGGGCGCUGCGCCUGUACUAGUCUCCAGGGUCGCCAGUAGGACUAGAUUACAGUUGCAAGAAGGGGAUCAGGUGAUAUCGAUAAACGGGACGGACGUGGACGAACUGACACAUGAACAAGUCGUGCAAUUAAUUAGAAACACGAGAGGUGUCUUGACAUUGGUCGUAAAACCCAAUGCUGUCUACGCUCCCGAAGAUCCAGGCGCAGAAGAGCCAGAAGCAUGCUUCGUGCCUCUCUUCUCGGAAGGUGACUCCAGACCAGAAGGGGACGCUCUAGAACAAUCCAUUCUGUUGCUAGGCGACGGACUGGCCAGUGGGAACGCGCUCAAACAAUAUGAGACUUUACUGAGAAGGUUACCAGACGAACCGACGAAUAUAUCGAAACUGCCUUGCAAUUUGAACAAGAAUCGAUACAGGGACAUUGCGCCUUAUGAUUCAACGCGAGUGAUAUUAAAAAAUGGACCAACAGGCGACUAUAUCAAUGCAUCUUAUAUCAACAUGGAGAUACCGAACUCCGAUACAGUACUGACUUAUAUUGCAACGCAAGGUCCUUUAUCAACAACUGUAGGCGACUUUUGGCAAAUGGUUUGGGAAUCAGAAAGCAGUCUUAUAGUAAUGCUGACAGUACUGACGGAGCGAGGCCGCGCCAAGUGUCACCAAUAUUGGCCCAAAGUUGGCACCACUCCACUAAAGGCCACCAACGAUCUCACCAUAUUCACCAACAGUGAACAGAACCACGGACAUUAUAUUAGGAGAGAAAUGACUAUUAAGGAGAGUAGCGGAGCAUCUCGCGCAGUCUGCCAGCUGCAGUACACUGCGUGGCCGGACCACGGCGUGCCGGACGACGCGGCCGCAUUCAUCAGCUUCACGCAACUAUGCUCACAGCUACGGAACCGGAGACCUAUGAUACCGACAGUAGUAGAGCCCGAAGAAGGCGAAGAAGAGCGCGAGCUGGACCCCCCGAUGGUGGUGCACUGCUCGGCGGGCGUCGGGCGCACGGGCGCGCUCGUACUCUGCGAGGUGGCGCUGGCGCUGGCCGCGCGCCGCCAGCCGCUCUACCCGCUCGACCUCGUCCGCGCCAUGCGCGCGCAGCGACCCAUGUGCAUACAGAACGCGGUACGUACUCACUGCGACACACGCCUUGCUACAUACAUACAUACUCUGCGAGGUGGCGCUGGCGCUGGCCGCGCGCCGCCAGCCGCUCUACCCGCUCGACCUCGUCCGCGCCAUGCGCGCGCAGCGACCCAUGUGCAUACAGAACGCGAGUCAGUACAAGUUCGUAUGUGA